CACCCACCCAAACCCAACCCUCAUUUCAUUAUUCAUUUCUCUUCCGCCAGCAGCAGCAGCAGCAGCAGCAGCAGCGAUGGCGGAAGCAAAAACGUACUGGUGCCACGAAUGCGACAUGAGCGUGUCCCUAACGCUCCCUCCGUCCCCUCUCCUCUGCCCCCACUGCCACACCCACUUCCUGGAACUCAUGGACUCCCCCCUCUCCCUAAACGACGCGGAAUCCCCCCUCUUCGACGUCGUUUUCCAGGACGCCCUCUUACUCCUCUCCCCCAAGCCCCUCCCGUCAAAGCCCCCUCCCAUUCCCUCCAUCUCCGUCACGGCCUCCCUCCUCUCGGAGCUGGACCCAAACGGCGUCGUCCUCUGCGCCGUUUGCAAGGAGCCAAUGGGGCUCGAGGCGGAGGCGAAGCAGCUCCCCUGCAAGCACCUGUACCACGCCGACUGCAUCACGCCCUGGCUCCGCCUCCACGCCUCCUGCCCCCUCUGCAGGUUCCGCCUCCACGAAGACCACCAACCGCUUCAGGAUCACGAUCACGAUGAGGAUAACGCCGUCGUCACGGAGAUCCGGAGGGACCUCAUUGCGCGCCUCACCGACCUCACGGAGGACGACUUCUUCGGCCUCAGGACCACUCUCAGCCACAUUGCCUCGCGCCACGCGCUCAUCCAAGGCGACGACCCUCGCGCCGCCCUAUAAGGUAUAUAGUGUACUAAAACAAUGUUGAAGUUGUAUCACCAUAGAUCGUCUUAUCAAGUGUAAAUCUGCACCGACGAUUAUGCUGCUUCUGUUCUUUCCCUCCUUUUUUGGGGAACUCCAACUAGGUAGUUGUAGUGAUAUAGCCAAAAAUACAAUAAAUUGAGGGAAAGCACGAGUUGCAUUUCCCUUCUCAUUUUCCACUCUAUGUUUCUCCUUGGAACUGGAUUUCCUUAGCUCAAAUUCCCUUCCAUUUUAGGCAAUAAAGUCUUCUGUAAAAUUUAGCUUUCUGUUAUGCUGUGUAUGAGUUGCUAAAGUGGAUCCUUUCCACUGAAUGAUAUUUUUCACCAUUUUUUAUUCUGGCUUUACAGUUAUGUUGUUAUUUCCCGCCAAUGUUGUUCUAGUUACAUACGAGAUUGUUGAGGGAUUGAAUCAUCUGAGUGUGGCUGUGUACCAUGGAAGAGCCUUAAAAUGCAUGUGUUUUGUUGUGA